GGGCUCCCUUUAAACGAGUCUCAACAGUACUCAGUUAUCUCCUUUCUAAUCUCUCCUCUCGCCGUGCGACAUGUCUUUUCGGAGUCUCAGCUCGCUCAGCUCGGGCCUUCGCUGGACAGCGUCUGGCAUCAGACCAAUUCUCCCUUUAAGAGCAAUUCCUAAAGUCCCUGUUCGAAGCCGACCAUCACAAUUUGCAUCUACAUCACGUCUGUUCUCUUCUUCUACUCGUCGCUAUGCACGAUACCUUCGUUUCAAUCGGGAGAGGCCGCUGGAUGUGCGAGAAUGGGACAUGGGUACGAAAAUUCUUGUAGGGAUGACGUUGGGUGGUGUGUCUAAUGGAUACCAUUACUCCCUUAUAGCUUGGAGCAAGUGCCUGAGACCGGAAGAUGGCGUUUUAUGGAUGUGAACCCUCAAUAUGAAACGCAGUUAGCGGGUGUUGCACGCGAUUUGCUGGUAGAAGAGUUCCAGGGAAAAAUCCUACCAGCAGACCACCCAAUCACACGACACGUUCGGCGUGUUGUUACGCGCAUUCUCGAGGCAAACAACCUAGGUACACUGAAGUCGUCAUCGCCUCGAUCUCAUGUCAUAGAGAUACCAGGGGAAGUAUGGGGCGCGGAUAUCGAAAUAGGUAGAACAGAGGCUGUUGCUCCAGGGGCUGGAGGACGAGAAUGGGAGUUAAUGGUUGUUAACGAUGAUAAAAUUGUAAAUGCUGCUGCAAGCUAUGGCAACGUCGUGGUAUUCACUGGAAUCCUGCCCAUAGCCAAAGACGAACAAGGACUGGCAGCGAUUCUUGGGCAUGAGAUUGGUCAUGUAGUCGCACGGCAUAACUCCGAGCGAUAUUCUUCCGCCAAGAUCCUGAUCGCAGUUGCCUCACUGUUGUCAUUAUUGGGGCUUGACUUUGGCUUUGCCCGGCUCAUUUCGACUCUACUCCUAGAACUGCCUAACUCCCGUACACAGGAGCUCGAAGCGGAUAGAAUCGGGUUGAAGCUUUCGAGCAGGGCCUGUUUCGACCCGGGGGCUGCACCAGCUAUGUUUACUCGGCUCGGCGAACUCGAGAAAUCUCAGGGAAGAAUGGGUGUUAGCUUCUUGUAUACCCAUCCCUCGUCGGAACAACGUGUCAGAUUGCUCGAGGAGAUGCUGCCUGAGGCGUAUGCAAUAAGAGCUGCCACCCCAGAAUGCGCAUCCAUUGCGGACAAUCUUCUGGCAUUCACUGAUGCAUUUGCGAGCGGGUUUGGAGGUUAUGGUGCGAGAGGUCGCUCGAGCUGGGCAUAGGAACCAAAAGUAGAAAGGUUUACUUCGCCAUGUAUAAUACAACGCAUUUGAUUUGCUCCCUGUGUAUUACUCCUUCUGGAGUCUCGGUCGGAGCCAUCGCGGAAGAGGAAACGUCUCCGGCCGGGCGCGAUACAAGAUGCCUCCGCUCACGUC